CACCACUGGUGGGAAGGGAAGCUCCGCACACACAGGCAAGCAAAGACUAGCACACACUGCUGAACGACAGUAGAGAGAAUUCAUAGAGGAAAAGUGGCCAUGGACCUGAUCCCAAGCUUUUCCAUGGAAACCUGGCUUCUCCUGGCUAUCAGCCUGGUGUUCCUCUACCUAUAUGAGACCUACACACAUGGACUUUUUAAGAAGCUGGGAAUUCCUGGGCCAACACCUCUGCCUUUUGUGGGAACUGCUCUGGCCUACCGUAAGGUGAGUUGCUUGAAAUCAGGUCUAUUUUCCCCACACAGGUUUUAUGAUGGGCGACAGCCUGUGUUGGCUAUCACGGAUCCGGACAUGAUCAAAACAGUACUAGUGAAAGAAUGUCAUUCUGUCUUCACAAACCGGCGGUGUUUUGGUCCAGUGGGAUUUAUGAAAAGUGCAAUCUCUUUGUCUGAGGAUGAAGAAUGGAAGAGAAUGCGAACAUUGCUGUCUCCAACCUUCACUAGCGGAAAGCUCAAGGAGAUGUUCUCCAUCAUUGGCCAGUAUGGAGAUGUGUUGGUGAGGAACCUGAGGAAGGAGGCAGAGAAAGGCAAGACCAUCAUCUUGAAAGACAUCUUUGGGGCCUACAGCAUGGAUGUGAUUACCAGCACAUCGUUUGGAGUGAACAUUGAUUCCCUCAACAACCCACAGGAUCCCUUUGUGGAAAAUACUAAGAAGCUCUUAAAAUUUGAUUUACUUGAUCCAUUUUUCUUCUUAAUAUUACUGUUUCCAUUCCUUACCCCAGUUUUUGAAAAAUUAAAUAUUUCACUAUUUCCAAAAAGUGUUACUGAUUUUUUCAUGAAAUCUAUAAAAAGGAUGAAGGAAAGUCGCCUCAAAGAUAAACAAAAGCACCGAGUGGAUUUUCUUCAGCUGAUGAUUAACUCCCAGAAUUCCAAAGAAAUAGACACCCAUAAAGCUCUCUCUGAUCUGGAACUCGUGGCCCAAUCUAUUAUCUUUAUUUUUGCUGGCUACGAGACCACUAGCACUUCUCUUUCCUUCCUUGUAUAUGAAUUGGCCACUCACCCUGAUGUCCAGCAGAAAUUGCAGGAGGAGAUUGAUGCGACUUUCCCCAAUAAGGUGAGCGCCAGGUUCAGUAAGAAGAACAAGGACAACAUAAAUCCUUAUACACACCUGCCUUUUGGAACUGGACCCCGAAACUGCCUUGGGAUGAGGUUUGCGAUCAUGAACAUGAAACUUGCCCUGGUCAGAGUCCUGCAGAACUUCUCCUUCAAACCUUGUAAAGAAACACAGAUCCCCCUGAAAUUAAGUACUCAAGGGUUGAUUCAACCAGAAAAACCCAUUGUUCUCAAGGUUGAGCCAAGAAAUGGGAGUGUGGACAGAGCCUGACUUUCUCUAAGGACUUCCCCUUUGCUCUUCAAGAAGCUGUGUCCCAGAUCACCAGAGACCUCAAUUUUCUUUGUGAGUAAAACCCAGAAAUGAAGAUGGCCUUCAUGUACUGCCCAUGAUAGAUGACUAGGGAUUCCAUACAUUCAUUUGGCUUUUUUGGUGUCUGUGUGGAGCAUUAUAGAUUGUGGAGAGUGAAGGAGGUGGUAAUAAUUGCCAGAGAUGUAGACUCAGCCUGUCUGGUUCACACAGACUACCCUCAGUUAGUGCCAGCUACUCCCCUGAGCAUCGAUCAAGAAUAAAACUUUCUCAACAAUUUUCUCAACAAACUUUAAUGAAAACAAGAAUUAGUGUCAUGACUGUGCUAGUGACAUUUAUAUCAUAUGCCUUACUUUGAAUAUUUUACAUUAACUAUCACACUGACCCAGUCAAUCAACACCUCUUUACAAAAGUAUUAACUGAUGGUUUUGUGCACAUUAAGGGGGAAUCCGUAGAACUGAUGAGUGAGAGCCAGCGACUGAAUGUUUUGACCAUCACAGUCACUGGGUGGCUGGAGCUUGUUCAGAACUCCAAUGUGGUAUGUUAAGAUAGGUGAGAGUUGGGGCACCUGGGUAGCUCAGUCAGUUAAGCAUCUGCCUUCAGCUCAG